AUGAGGCGGCCUGGUGCAGUACAUUCUGUUGCCUGCGAACAUCACAAACGAGAGAUUCAUCUGGGUUCCAGCGGAACUAGGGAUGCUCGAUUCUCGAUCAGGACGUCCUUGAUCGUCUGUGAUUUUGGAAGCUCUUGGUUCCCUAUCCGGUACAUUUUUAGUGGUUAUCCCACCGCGUCCAGAGGAAAUCGCUACUUACAAGAGAAAAAUCCAGUGAAGGAUGCCAUCGAGGGCCUCUCCCGACGGGACGACUGGAAAUGUGGUGUUUGUGGUCUAGAAGCUGUUUCUUGCCCAUCUGAAAGAAUCGCACGAAACUCGGAAAAGACUGACGUGGUAAACUUUACCACCAAGGCACCUCCUGACGCAGCAGCGUGCAUAUGA